AUGGCCAAAGAGUACCAAUUUAAUUGGAAACCUAAUAUACCACAAAGUUUUAUAGAUGGUUGUAUUUUUGAUAAAUAUGAUGAUGAGUCAACUUUCUUAGAUUUAAAUGCAAAUGUUAAAAUUGACGAGUAUGGUUUUUAUCUAUCAUGGACAGUUGAUGGAAAAGAUACAAAUUUAAUAGAUUUAGUUAAUAUUUGGGAAAGUAGACCUGUUACAGGACCACCAAAAGAUGGUAGAAUACUUUUUGAGUUAGAACAACGUGGUUCACGUGAAACAUUAGAAGAAAGAACUGUAUGGAUAACUUAUGGUCAAGAUUUAGUUAAUAUUAAUUCAUUUUAUAUUGUUGCUCAGGAUAUUGGUACAGCUAAAUUAUGGAGAAAUGGUAUUAAUGAAAUAUUAAAAAAUUUAAAAGUUAGACAUGUCUGCCCAACAACAAAUUUAAUGAAACAUUGGAGAUUUUUAUGUUUAGGUUUAAAUGAUAGAAGAAAAAUUCCUAUAAAAAAUAUUGUUAAAACAUUUUCUAGUGGUAAACCAGAAAGAAUGGUUCUUAAAUGUUUAAGUGAUCUUGGUUUAGCAGGUGAUAAGUAUACACCAGUAAAAGUAAUAAGAAAAUCGUGGAGUAAAAAUUUGAAAAACUUUUAUAGAUGUAAAUCCAAAAAGUAUAAUAAAAAAAAGGAACGGGAAGAAUUAGAUGUAGAACUUUUUACUUUUGAAAAAUUUUUACGUCUAUAUCAUAAAAUAUGUCCAAGAACAGAAGUACAAGAGUUAUUUGUAAAAUUGAGUGGCCAAAAAGAAUAUUUAACAAGAGAUAAAUUAAUUGGAUUUUUAAAUGAGGAACAAAGAGAUCCAAGGUUAAAUGAAAUUUUGUUUCCUCAUUUUACUAUUAAUACUGCACAAGCAUUAAUAGCAAAAUUUGAAAUAGAUGAAAAUUAUAUUAAUAAUGGUAAAAUGAGUGGAGAUGCAUUUUUAAGAUUUUUAAUGUCUGAUGAAAAUUCACCAAUAUUUCUUGAUAGAACUGAGAUGUAUCAAGAUAUGGAUCAACCAUUAUCACAUUAUUAUAUAAAUUCAUCACAUAAUACUUAUUUAGUAGGUAGACAAUAUGGUGGUAAAAGUUCAACUGAAAUUUAUCGUACAGUUCUUUUAUCUGGAUGUCGUUGUGUUGAAUUAGAUUGUUGGGAUGGAACUGGUGAAAAUAAAGGUGAACCUAUCAUAACACAUGGUAAAGCUAUGUGUACAGAUGUUUUUUUUAAAGAUGUUCUUUAUCAAAUUCGUGAUACUGCCUUUGCUAGAUCUGAUUUUCCGGUUAUUUUAUCUUUUGAAAAUCAUUGUUCAAAAUCUAAUCAACAAAAAAUGGCUAAAUAUUGUAUGGAAAUAUUUGGUGAUAUGUUAUUAUCAAAACCAUUAUCUGAUUUUCCUCUUGAACCAGGUGUUCCUUUACCACCACCAUCAAGAUUAAAAAGAAAAAUAUUAAUUAAAAAUAAGAGACUUAAACCAGAGGUUGAAAAAGUUCAGAUGGAACAAUUUUUAAGAGAAGGAAAAUUAGAUGAAGAUGAUGAGAUAACAGAAAAUCCUGAUGUUGUUGGUGAAGAUGCUUCAUUACCACGAACAAAUACAACAACAACAUAUCCUACCACAAUGACAAGCUGUGGCUCCAGUUUAAGUGUUACUUCUGAUAAUGCAUCCAUUCUUUCCCUAAUAUCAUCCUCUUCCGCAACAGCUGGAGGAAGUAUUGUUUCACAACUUUCCUUUCGUCGCCAUCAUCAUUACCACAAUUAUCCAUCACGUGGUAAGGAGACAUUUGAAAGGAAUUCUUCUUUUCGUAUUCCUUCAAGUACUUAUAAUACAUCUUCUGGUAGUAUGUUAUCAAAUAGAAACAUUACAAAUAUGCGUCUCAGUUUUAGGAAUAAAAGUCCUAAUAAAUCCGGUAGUGGUACCAAUACCGGAAGCAUGGAUGGCUUUUAUUCAUCUCGAUUAGCUGGUAGUCAACAUAUAAGUUCAAUUUCUGAGAAUGCUUCACGUCGUCAAUCUACUUCCAACUUUUCUAUGUUUCAUGUCUCUGACAACAGCUUGGCUUCUCACGGUGAAUAUAAUUCUUCAAAAGAUUAUUUCACGUCUAUCUUCUCCAAGAUUCCAGGUAUAGAUGGAAAAGAGCAAGAUGAAGCACAUCCAGAAUUGAAACAAGUUAAUUUUAUUAGCAAAUUAAAACCAUUAGGUUUUAAAAAGGCACAGACAAUUCUUACAAAAGAAGAGGAGGAAAGAAUUAUUGCUGAAUAUCAUUAUACUGGAGCAACAACAAAUAUUCAUCCAUUAUUAUCUUCACUUGUAAAUUAUACUCAUCCAGUAAAAUUUUCUGGAUUUGAUGUUGCUGAACAAAAUAAUUUACAUUUUCAUAUGUCUUCAUAUUCAGAAUCUACUGGUUUAACUUAUUUAAAACAAAAUGCUCCUGAAUUUGUUAAUUAUAACAAAAGACAACUUUCAAGAAUAUAUCCUAAGGGUGCUAGAGUAGAUUCAUCAAACUUUUUACCUCAAAUAUUUUGGAAUGCUGGUUGUCAUAUGGUUAGUUUAAAUUUUCAAACACCUGAUGUUCCUAUGCAAUUAAAUCAAGGAAAAUUUGAAUAUAAUGGUAAUUGUGGUUAUUUAUUAAAACCUGAUUUUAUGAGAAGACCUGAUAAAACUUUUGAUCCAUUUUCUGAGUCACCUGUUGAUGGUAUUAUAGCAGCAACAUGUUCUGUACGUAUUAUUUCUGGACAAUUUAUUUGUGAUAGAAAAAUUGGUACAUAUGUUGAAGUUGAAAUGUAUGGAUUACCUACAGAUACAAUAAGAAAAGAACAUAAAACUAAAACAAUACCUACUAAUGGAUUAAAUCCAAUAUAUAAUGAAGAUCCAUUUGUUUUUAGAAAAGUUAUUUUACCAGAUUUAGCAGUAUUACGAUUUGCUGCAUAUGAUGAAAAUGGAAAACAACUUGGUCAAAGAAUUUUACCAUUAGAUGGUCUUCAGGCUGGAUAUAGACAUAUUUCAUUAAGAACAGAAACUAAUAUGCCAACAGUUUUACCAACAUUAUUUGUACAUAUUGUUAUUAAAACAUACGUACCUGAUGAACAUUCUGGUCUUGUAGAUAUUUUAGCUGAUCCUAGAGCAUUUUAUAAACCAAGUAAACAAGAAGUAUUAAGAAAAUUAGUUGAUGAUGAUAUGGAAAAUGAACAAAUAGGUAAUGGACAAGGAAAUGUUAAAUUAGAAAAUGGUCCUUUAUCUGAUCGUUCAUUAGGACAUUCUUUACCUCAUGAUAAAACAGCUCCAAGUACACCAUUAAGUGGUAUGAGUAAAAAUUUUAAUAAUGGAAAUAAUGGUUCAUCAAUUGAUAAUGGUAAAACAAGUCAACCUAAUUCUUCAAGAUCAGCUGCAGAAACAUCUGAUAAUAAAUUUAAAAUUAAAACUAUUGAUAUAGAAGAAAUUAAAAAAGAUAAAGUAUUUAUAAAAUUAAUGAAAAAACAACAAAAAGAUGUUGAAGAAUUAAAGAAAAAACAUGGAAAACAAAGAGAUUAUAUACAGAAACAACAACAAACAAAUGUUGAUAAAUUAAUUUAUGGAGGUAAUAGGAUGUCUAAAAAAAAGAGAGAAAGUGAAAAAAGAAGUAAUCCAUUUACUUCUCGUGAUUCUUUAUCAUCAAAACCAACAGAAGGUGGAUUAUCUCCAGAGGAAAUAAAUUCAGUCAAGAUGAAAAGUUUAGUAUCUAAUCAAACAGAUGAAUGGUCUAGUUUAUUACAUAAACAAGCUAUUGAAGAGUAUGAUCAGAAAAAAAGUCAUAUAAAACAAGAAUUUGAAACAUUAAAAUUAUUAUUAAUAGAUGCUCAAAAACAACAAAUGACUUUACUUAAAAGUAAUCUUGAUAAUGAACAUAAAGAAUUAAAACAACAACAAACUAAAAAAUCAAUGGAUGAUACAAAAGCUAUACAACAAGAUAAAAAUACAAAAAAUAAAGCUGAAAGAGAUAGAAGAAUAAAAGAAUUGAAUGAAAAAAAUGUUAAAGUAUUUGUAGAAGAAAGAAAACGUUUAGCAAUGAAGGCACAAAAACAUGAGGAACAAUUACAAAUGCGUCAUCAAAAUCAAAUUGAGGUUUUAGAAAAAGAAUUAAGCAAAGCUUUAGAAAAUGAAAAAAUGAGUCAUCAAGAAACAUUACUUUCUUUAAGACCUCAAUCUAUUGUUUAA